UUAUGUCAAAAAUUUCAAACUUAACGUUUGUCCUACGACAACGCAUCUGCCUCGAAUUUGUACUUUUAAUUUUAAAUAUUUGACGUUAUUUAAUUAUUUACUUUAAACGUUUCAUCAAAGUGUGUACUGUUUUAUCCAUAGCUGACCAAUUUCGUUCGUAGAUGCUAUUAUCAUUGUUACCAUUUGCUAAAAAAAACAUCAAAGCCUGCGGUCUUUGCAUGCACGUUGCAAAAUAAUUUUUACUAGUUAGUUUUUAAAAGGGUAGCAAAAUUAAGCUCCCACAGUACAAAAUGGAAGAUUUUUUGAAGAUAGAAAAGAUUGGGGAAGGGACUUACGGUGUUGUGUAUAAGGGUAAAAACAAAAUCACUGGAGAGUAUGUUGCAAUGAAGAAAAUCAGAUUGGAGUCUGAAGAUGAAGGCAUUCCUUCAACAGCGAUACGAGAAAUAUCUUUGCUGAAGGAAUUGAAUCACUCAAACAUUGUUAAAUUAGAGGAUGUGCUAAUGGAAGAAAAUAAACUUUAUUUAAUUUUUGAGUUUUUGUCGAUGGAUCUGAAGAGAUAUAUGGAUUCCUUGGGAUCAGGCAAGUUUAUGGAUCCUGCCACUGUUAAAAGUUAUCUGUAUCAGAUUAACAGUGCUAUUUUAUACUGCCAUCAACGCAGGAUUCUACAUAGAGACCUCAAGCCGCAGAAUUUACUUAUUAACAAGACAGGUAUUAUUAAGGUAGCAGACUUUGGUUUGGGCCGUGCUUAUGGAGUACCAGUCCGUGUAUACACUCAUGAAGUUGUUACACUAUGGUACAGAGCCCCUGAGGUGUUGCUUGGCUCACAGAGAUAUUCCUGUCCUAUUGACAUGUGGGCUGUGGGGUGCAUCUUCUCUGAGAUGUCUUCAAAGAAACCCUUGUUCCAAGGAGACUCAGAGAUUGAUCAACUUUUCAGAAUCUUCAGAAUGCUCCGGACUCCAACAGAGGAGACCUGGCCUGGAGUGUCAUCGCUACCAGAUUAUAAGCCCACAUUCCCCAAUUGGUCUACUUACAAUCUACACAAUAAUGUCCAAAACCUGGAUGAGGCAGGCAUGGAUUUGCUUCAAAGCUUCCUCGUUUAUGACCCAGCUAAGAGGAUCACCGCAAAGGACACCCAAAAGCACAGAUAUUUCCGUGACGUCAAACUGCCCCCGGAAUUAACACGCACAAACGCCUACAUCAAGAACGAAGACGUCAAAGAGGUUUAGCAAACAAGAAAUUGAUUCAUCAAAAGACUUCGGCCAUAUGAAAAAGAUCAAAUUUGAUGUUAGCAAACUCAAAUUACUUGAUUCCAAAAAAAAUACUAUCGGAAUGGGUAAUGUAUCCAAAAUAUAUAAAAAUUCCAAACAAAUAAUGUAUAAUAACUAGAAAAAGAAAUUAAGUUGCAGGGUUCUAUACAAUUCCAGGUUUUUUCCAAUUGAUUUUUUUAUUUUUUUAGAAAAAUCAACUAAUUGCAAUUACAAAGUAUUUUAUAAAACUCCUCCUUCAAUAUUGAUGUCCUUCUGAGUCUUAUAUAACAAAGGCUUAUCAUUGAUUUGUUCCCAUUCUAAAAGAACGGUGACCAUACAAAUACAACAUUAAUAAUUGUGUUUGUUUCUUCCUUUACCUCAGAAACUGCCGGUUCGUAUUGAAAUUGUUUGUGUUAGUCUAUAGAUCGACAAUGGGACGUUUUGACCUUGUACUUUAUCAAAAUAGCUAGAAACUCCU